CUGGAUUCCUCAGGUGUUUGCCAGUUCGGCUGCAGUCAUGGCCGGGAGCUCAGAGAAGGUACCGAUUGCAUCGGCGGGACCCGAGGACGUGCAUCAGUUUAUGCCUCCGGCUUACUCCGCAGUGGCGGUGAAACCCGCCGCCACCGGCCGCCUCCUGAAGGCAGGGGUGGUUGUGCUCAUAGUUGGAGCCCUGCUCCUGCUGCUGGGGGCCGUGGGGGCUUUCUACUUCUGGAACAACAAUGAAAAACACGUCUACAACGUCCACUACACCAUGAGCAUCAAUGGCAAAGUGGAGGAGGGCUCAAUGGAGAUCGACACAGCCAACAACAUGGAGAGAUUCAGCACCAGCAGCGGGGCGGAGGAGGCAGUGGAGGUCCACGACUUUGAAAUUGGGAUUACAGGGAUCCGGUUUGCAGGAGGAGAGAAGUGCUACAUCAAGACUCAAGUGAAAGCUCGUCUACCUGAUUUGGGGGCCUCGGACAAAGACUCGUUGACCUUUGACCUGGAGGACGAAGUGAUGCCUGCAAAGUUCGAGGAUGAUCUGAUCUGGGUGUCAGCUGACGCCCCUCUUUCUGACUCCGCCUUCCUCAGCGACAAAAUCAAGGACCUGUGUGAAGACCUGCCAAUCUUCUGGCUCCGUCCCACCUACUCUAGCAGCAGCCAGAGGAAGAGGAGAGCCGCACCUCAGCGCCGUCAGGCAGCCACAGCGGAGGAAGACUACGAGGAUGUGGAGGCAGAGUUCAACCCGGAGAACCCCUAUCAGCGGAAUCUGGAGGGCGAGGAAGCCACCAUGGACAUGGACCCCAUGUUGGAUCACCAGGGCGUCUGCUGCAACGAGUGCCGCCGCAGCUACACCCACUGCGUGCGGAUCUGCGAGCCGCUGAGGGGCUACGAGCCGUACCCGUACCACUACCGAGGCUGCAGGCCGGUGUGCAGGGUCAUCAUGCCCUGCAAGUGGUGGGUGGCACGCAUUCUGGGGCUGGUCUAAAUACCUCCGAGCUGUUAGGGUUCAAAGACAGGCGGUAGGAGCUAUAAAGGUAUUUUUCAAUUUUAAAAGAUGCUUUAAAGAAAGUAAACCUUUACCGAUUUUUAUAGUUGACCGCUCAACACAAAUGUUUCAUGAGCAUCUUUUAUAGUAUCUUUAUUUACUUCCUGUAAAUAUAUUUUUUGCAUUCUUUUCCGCCUUUAACAGCAAUGUAGUGUAUACUUCAUGUCAGAACCUGUACUUUAUUCAGCAUUAAAGACAUCCUCUCAAAGUGCAAUAACACUGAAUAAAUUUUAUUUAAAGUAAA